CAAUAUGGGCGAGAUGUAUGCGAAGGUAGUGACCACGUCAGAUGCCGGAGCGUAUAAAUGCAACGCCAUCAAUAGCGCCGGAACGAGUUCCUCGGAUCAAUUGACACUGACAGUAAACAGCCCUGCGCCGGACGUCCCAACCAUCACAGGAUGGCCCGUGGGUUCAUCAGCAAGCAUUGGAAGUGUCUUGUCUCUGGAAUGCAAUGACGCUGUGACAGGCGGUGUGCCCACGUUCUUCGAAUGGUACCUUGGCCAAAUCAAGCUGACCUCAACCGGUGACAGAGAAAAAGUGUACACGAAGACGGUCACUGUAACCGAUGGUGGAUCGUACAGUUGUUUGGCUAUCAAUGCACAAGGAUAUGCUACGUCAAUGACGUAUAAUUUUACAGUGAACAAUCCACCAAGCAACCCUAUAAUUUCCGGAUGGCCCGCUGGUUCAGAGCUUAACGUGGGGGAGACCUUAAGCAUCACUUGCAGAGCUUCAGCUUCUGGAGGAACGCCGACUUCCUUCGAAGUGUAUCAUGACGGAACGCUCUUAUCUUCAACUGGGACCAGGGGUGAAAUAUACACAAAAGUCAUGACUAUUUCUGAUGGCGGAGACUACAUGUGCAAAGCUAUAAACGCCGAUGGAGCGGCCGAGACAAAUGAUACUCUUAUAGUCAAAGAUCCACCUCACAUGCCAACGAUUUAUGGCUGGCCCAAUGGUUCUGUCAUCAUUGCCAGUGAGACCCUCGACCUACGAUGUGACGCUGCAGUCACUGGGGGGACUCCAGUCUCUUUCCAAUGGUACCUUGGCGCGACCUUGUUGAGCUCAACAGGGGCCAGUGGGGAAUCUUAUACGAAGGAAGCCGUGCUAGAUGACGCAGGAGCGCACAAAUGCGUAGCUAUCAACGCUGAUGGCCAGGCUGAAUCGUACACCCAGUUUCUCGCAGUACAAAACCCGACAUUCGACGUGGGAUUCAGUCUAUCAACCCCCUUCAGCAGCGACUUAAAUGAUCCGGCAUCUUCCGCUUUCCUCUCGUUGGCGAGCGAUAUGGCAGCCUUGUUGAAUAGCUCCCUGAGCGGUGGUGAUACUCCUGUCAAAGAAAUCAACAUCAAAGGUUUUAGGUAA